AUGAAACUUCUCGUCUUAAUUAUUUUUGCUUUCGCAAUCAGCCCAACUUCUGCACUCAUCCGAACCGUUUUAAUGGAUUAUUGGCAGCAAAUCGAAAAAGAAAUCCAACCAACAGAUAAUCAAUACAAUUUAUUCAUUUUUUCUGAAUAUUCAGAAGAUCGUAGAAUUGUGCGCAAUCAUGCAAAAUCAAAUGAAACAUCGCUCACUGUCAUUAUUCACGAAAACCAUUGGUUAAGAUUGAAAAUCGUGUGCGGAAAUAGCUCGGAACCAAUGUUGCUAGAAAUGCAGGCCGCUUAUCGACACCUUCAUCUUGUUGUUGAUUGUGAUUCGUUUCAAGCGGUUUUAUAUCCACAUCGAAAAUAUGUUCGAGGAGCGCUGAUUGUUUUCGUGGUGUUGUUGGUCGCGUUAGUUUUUCUUGAACUAAAAAAAUCAAUAAAUGAGUUAAUUUUCAGUAUACUUGUCUGGAAGAGGGAAGUUAUCAGAACAUUAAUCACUGAUCGAUAUCGAAAGUCAAGACAGAAAUUUGCUAUUUUCAAAAAUGAACCGGAAGACGGUCAAGACGUCAAUUUAGCAUAA